AUGGCAUCUGUUGACCUUGUAUCUGUGUUGAAACAGCUCACAGAUACAGGUGUUCCUUUCAAGAGCGCUUUUGACCCCGACUGGGCCGAGUAUUCCACACCCUACAAUAUCCGCCUUCCUUUUACACCUGCAGUCAUCGUUAUCCCUCAAGCCCUAUGGCAAAUCGAGAGCGCCCUUGCCUGUGCGCGCGAACAUGGACUCAAAGUCCAAGCGCGGUCCGGUGGACACUCGUACGCCUCCCAUAGUAUCGGAGGAGUAGACGGCGCGAUGGUGAUGGACAUGAGACGAUUCCAGUACAAAGACACUGGAGGUGACCCAGUCGUAGUUGACACCGGUGUGCGGAUCGGCAAUAUAGCUAAGGCCAUCUACGAGGACUUCGACCAGAAGCGAGCUCUCCCCCAUGGCACUUGCGCGGGAGUCGGUUUAGGCGGUCAUCUCACACAUGGCGGAUUUGGCAUGUUCUCGCGUGCUUGGGGUCUUGCGAUGGACCGUAUCGAGGGGAUGAAGGUGAUCACGGCGGACGGCAAGUGCAUCUUCUGUGACCAGAAUGAGAAUGGAGACCUAUUUUACGCUAUGAGAGGCGCAGGUGACUCGUUCGGAAUAGUCAAGUCGUUCUAUCUCGACCCGGUACCAGCACCGGAAUCCGUUCUACACUGGGCAGUCAACAUUAAUGAUGUGACAAAGAGCAUUAAGAGCGCCGUGAACGCGUUUAGGCAUAUUCAGAAGUUUGUUCACGAUGCUUCCGUGGUCGACCGCCAGUUGGGACUACAGAUAUCCCUUUCCUGGGACCACUUCUCAGUGGAUGGAACCUAUUUGGGACCCCGUGAAACCUUGGAGAACGAGAUCCUGCCGGCGCUGAUGGGCAAAAUCCCAGAGGAAAAGAGAUCGCUGGUUACGGAGUACGAUUGGCUUGCGUCGAUCAAAAGUUUCAAUCAAGGACAAGACAUUGUAACUGACGAAUCGGUUGUGUACCGAGAACAUGUCAACUUCUUCGCCAAGAGUGUCGUGGUGCCUGAGCCAGGGUUCACUUUAAAGGCGAUGCAGAGCUUCUUCGAGUUCCUCUUCAAUGAAGGAUCGCGUGCCCCCAUCGGUUAUUUUAUCCUGUUCGACUUGUACGGCGGCAAUGAUAGUCAGAUCAAUAAGAAGGAUAUUGACUUCUCCGCAUUCGCGCAUCGAGAUGCAUGCUGGGUCAUCCAGCUACACGGCUUCGUCAACAAUGACAUAGUGUUCCCGCAGGAGGGUAUCGAGUUCAUCCAAGGGCUUGCUGACUCCAUUACGUCGAACCUCAAGAAAUGCGGCGCGUACUCGAACUACACCGACCCUAGCCUGACCCGAGAGGAAGCCCACAAGCUGUACUUUGGGGACACGAGCAAGAUCCUUUGGAAGCUGAAGAAGAAGUGGGAUCCCGACAAUCUUUUCGCGAACCCUCAGUCAAUUUUACCGGAUUGA